AUGCUCUGGAACUCAGGCAACAUUGCCUACCAGCGAAUUGUAACUGAGAAUAUGGUACUUGCAAAGGAGGUGGAUACAGUGCGUGGUUUAUAUCAAGGCCUGUUGUCGGUGAUCGAGUCAGGCUCAUUGACCAAGAAAAACCCUUCGCUCGAUGAUCCCUACUCUCAUAUCCAAGAUCUCCCAAACGAACCACACGACACUCACCCCGAGGUGAAGUAUUGGGACCACGAUACCUGGACAAAUUCCAUGAAGCGCACUGACGACAUAGCCGGCUUUGGCGGCAACUCCAACGACGAUCCCGCUGACUCAGACAGUGACGCGGUGGGUGUACGCAAACCCAAGAAGGUCAGUAAGAAGUACGGCUUCCUCGAAGAUCCGACAGGGCACCGAGUUACGCUCCAACGGCUUGACGAGAUACGGCUUACUACGAACCGCGUCUGCCAAUACCUCAAGGCGCGCGGUUUAGGUCCAACUUCGUGGGCUCAUAACGCGACUCUACCUGCUGCCCAGCUUGUCUACCGGGUUUUACGUGCUGAAUUCAUCGAGUUCCAGCUUUGCGACGGCACCUGGAAGGCUGAGCGAUGGAUGAUUGAACACUAUCCGCAAUGGCACCGCCAUAAUGGCAUGAAGAUAGUGAAACAAGAAGACGUCGAUGACAGACCGUCAGGACCUGGAGAAGGAUUUAGGAACGCCGUACCGAAGCCAGCUCGAAGAUCUGUCACAGUGAAGCGUACAUUAAAUGGCAAUGCCCUGGUGCUCCUCGUCUACUGA